AUGCGUUUCUCUGCUACUUCAGCUGCCCUUGUGGCUUUGGCAGCCUCAUCUCAGGCCAUGAACAUUUCGGCUUCUUCUGACCUCGACGGAUCCGUGUGGCAGGCCCUCGCCCCCGUUGAGGCCCGGACAUUCGAGGACAUGCCCCGAAACCGUCCCAUCAAGAGACAAUCGGGUUGGAGCCCGCCUUCCAACAUCGUCACGCCUCUGAAGCAGGUUUGGGACCAUUGCAAGAGCACCUAUACCAACGGUCUGUUUGGCUUCAAGAACUUUGGCUGGGACCAGGUUGUUGCCACCAAGGGCACCAUCAAUGUCUGCGUUCGCUGGGAGUCUAGCGCUUCUGUCACAGAGGCUCAGCGCACUCAAGUUGCCAAGGCCUUGAACACGGCUCACCAGAGCUGGUACAAGUGGCUGUACGGCUACGACAACUUCCCCUACUCCAACAUCAAGGUCAACGUGGUUGGUUGGGCUGUCCGCGACAAGAACCUUCUCCAGGGCUCGACUUCCGGUAUCGACGUCUACACCGACAAGGAUGGUGAGGGUAUUCCCCAGUGCGCCGAAUCUUGUGGUCGCUUCUUCAACCAGAAUGGCGACUACAGCAAGUGUGCUGGUGGUGCCGCCCGCCACUACGACCAGUCUCUCUGGCUCACCGACGGCAUGGGCGGUGGUGCCGGCGGUGACUGGGGCCAGCGCAUCGGCCGUGAGUACUUCAUGGGUGCUCUGGACUCUGCGAACAUCCACAUCCUCCAGCACGAGAUUGGCCACACCUACGGCCUUGAUGACUACUGGACUCCCACCGGUGUCUCUAGCUUUAUCAUGCUUGCUGGCUCCGCCGCUCAGAUCACCGACUUUGACGGCUGGAUGCUGCGCAACUGGUGGUAUGAGCUCUCCCGCAAUCGUGGUUGGCAAUCGAGCAGCGCCGGUUCCGCCUCUGGCUCUGCGACUCCUGCUACGUCCGCGUCCAUCAAGCCUACGGUCAAGGCUGUCACCUCUGCUGCCGCUCCCAAAACUGCCGCUGCCGCCCCAACCAAGGCGGCCAGCUCCGGUGCGACUGUCGGCGCAUGGGCUCAGUGCGGUGGCGGAGGCUACACCGGCCCUACCGUCUGUGUAUCUGGCUUCAAGUGCGUCAAGACCAACGAGUGGUACUCUCAGUGUCUUACAGCAUGA